UUUAUGGUUGUUGAUAGAACUGAAUAGCUGGAAGAAAUGUGUUCUGUGUAGUAUUUGUUAAAAUUCUGUCGUGAAAGCGCACCGGUCGUCAUGAAGCUCCUUGUUCUAAGUUUGAUUGUUGUCAUUGUAGCAGGUUCAUCAGAAAAACAAGCACCUACUCCACCAACCCUACCUUUACAGAAUUAUUCAGCGGUAGAUGUAGAACACAAGUUCGGAGGAGAUUGCCAAGGAAACAAGACUUACGGCUAUUUCGCUGAUUGUGGCGAGAGAUGCCACAAAUAUCCUAUAUUCUGCCAGAAGGCCAAAGUCCUGAGGUGUGGUUGCCUAACGGGAUACGUUCAAUUGGAUUCCACAUACUUGAGCCCUUGCGUUCUACCAACAGAUUGUCCGCCAAAAGCAGCAACUUACCAUUAAAAGUGGUGCCAAAAGAAAGUUAGAUGGAAAAUAUUUGAGAGGAGCGUGGCAGUGGAACUUUUUCGUGAAAUAGAAAAUGUGAUGUAGGUAAAAAUUGGCAUGUUUCUAGUUUUUGUAUUGAAACUACGUUUCAAGUAGUUACUAGAAGUUUUUAAGAUACAAAUAAAGUCUUCGUCAUUGAGGGAAAUAAAAUUUAAAUUCUUUGUA